AUGGAUACCAAUGGUUACACCACUUUCAAGGUCGAUUGCUCAUCUCUAUCGCCGUCGGCUCAGACCGACAUCUUUCGACUCAUCGUGAGAUGCAUCGAUGAUCAACGCCGUUUGGAAUCCGCGGCUCAAGUCAUCACUGAUAACGUAGAAAGCAUCAGAAUCGUCGAGAAGGCAAUGCUCUACGUCUCUUCAAGCACCGAUGAAAUCUGUUUAAUUGCCGGAAAAUAA